AUGGAUCCAAAUCACCCUCCAAACACUAGCCAUGUAAAGAAACAGGAAGACCAAGACGGUCCCAACGAUACCAGUAAAGCUGCGGAGAAACGAGAUCCCAAGCCAGUAGUAAAGACUUUGAAUAGAAAUGCCUGCAGAAAGCAGAAGAUGCGAUGUGAAGGGGCGGACAGCCCCCCUUGUAGGCGUUGUCGCCAUGCUGGACUCGAAUGUUUAUUUGAAAAACCCUCUAGAGAAGCCACGCUCACGGGAGAAGCUGGUCUGGAACGUAUUCGGAGUCUCGAAGCACAUGUCGCGGAUAUACGGGUUUCGCAAUCCACUAUACAGAAUACUCUCCUGGAGAUCGUCUCUCACUUAAGAAAUGGCAUACCUUUUCAUGCCCGAUCUCCUUCGACAUUUUCACAACCGACUUACCACGGUCAGUCUCCUACAAUACAAUCAAUAGGAUCACCACCUCUGUCUGCGGGUCAUAACGGACCAAGUGGCCCCCAUAUGACAGACCCAAUGUUACAUAAUAUGCAAUCUCAGCAAUCUGGUCCGCCACCUCAGAAUGUAUACUCAUCCCCCAUGAUUAACCAGCCUGCCCGACAACCAAGAGGGUCGAUAUCUCUCCCAUCGCCGGUACAGCCGCAUACUGCCAGUGAAUUCCAUCCUCCUCAAUUACCGCCAUCAUAUGUAAACUCGACCUCUCCCGGUCAACAAUAUGGGUUUUCCGGAAGUGCUUCUGGUCCUGUGCUUCCACCAUUCUCUACCAUACAGGCUAUGGGCAGUGGAAACCAACAACAAGGAAAUAUGGCUCAACGAUACAACACAGUUGAUGCAGUUCAACAACAUCAGCGACAGGUUCUAAGGACUUUUAGCGUCCCGAUACCUUCAAGCUCUAAACGUACGGCGCCUCCAUCUAACGUCACCAGUGCAGAUUCUACGGACAUAGAAGAAGACGACAAUGGUGAAUUACCGGCAUCCGGUCUGGUGGCACCAUGGGAAGUUUUAAGAGGCCUAGCAGAUGUUGCUAUUGAGCGGGCCGCCAAGGAGAAUGGUGAAGCGAGUAGUGAACCACAAAGCAGGGCCAGAACCCCCUCGCCAGAAAGACAGUCUAGACCUGCGAAAAGGAGAAAGAUUCGCCACAGGGGUCCCCGAGGAUUGACUUUCCCUGACGUUGUCACCAAGAAUAUUAUACCAGAUGCUGAAGCUCGCGAGUUAUUCAGAAUAUUUUAUCACGGGUGUUCUACAUUCCUCCCCGUAUUUGAUCUUAAUGUGGAUACAUAUGACGCUCUUCACGAACGUUCCCCUUUUGCUGUUGACGCAAUCUGUAUGGUUGCUUCCCGAGUUCGAGAUGGAGGAGGCAAGGCAAGCGAGACUUACACCAGAUGUUUGGAAGCGGUGCAAGCUAUAUCAUGCGCCACUCUAUUUUCACCUGUUACUCGAGCAGAAGCUGUACAAGCUAUGAUUCUUGUCUCGGGCUGGUCUGAUAAUGGAUGGUUGAGUGGGGGCCAUGCUGUUCGGAUGGCAAUGGAACUUUCCAUGCAUAAGGCAUGGCCCAAGUUGCUUAGACGUAUGCAGAACAAGAAAUUGUCUGAUGGCUCCGAAGAUCAAGAGUUGGUGAUCGCUUCGCGCACCUGGUUUUGUUUAUACUUAUUUGAACAUCAAUUGUCAUACGGCACGGGCCGUCCUGCUAUAUUGAAAGAUGACGAAAGUAUUUGGCAGUGUCGUCUCCUCCUUCAACAUCCACUUGCUAUCGAAGAUGAUAUGCGUCUCGUAUCCACCGUCGAGCUAAUGGCUAUUCGUGAAAGAGUCCACAACAAACUAUCUCCUUUCGAUAAGCCUGUCAGCGACACUACCUUCCAAAUCCUCCAACAGGCGGAUUCCGAGUUUCAAAACUGGUAUAAAACUUGGGAUCAUGCAUUUUCUCAGAAGUACGAAGACGCAGCAUUUUAUCGCCAGAGUUUGCAGAUCCAACAUCUUCAUGCUGAGCUAUUCCAUAACGCUACCGCAUUAAGAGGAAUAAACGGCCCCGAGGACGUUCAGAGGAUGCCUGCGGCGCAGAAGGAUCUUGCUAUAAGAUCAAUAAAGAUAGCCCGUCAGGGCAUGGACAUUACUGUCAAUUCCCCUUCAUACAGUGAGGGAAUGAAAUAUGCCGUACACUACACUCACGCGACCGCCACCUUUGCUGCAUCCUUUUUACUGAGACUGUCCCGUCUGUUUCCUAAUGAUUGCGAUGUGCAGGAAAUCAGGGCGCAUGUUGAACACCUCGCAGGUUUGAUGGCUCAGAUCCCUGGAAAACGAUACGCGAUAACGUUGCAGCUCAUGCUAAAGAGGGCUAAGAAGAGGAAGACUACUUCACAUUCUCGCUCCCCUAAGCUCAAUAGAGAUCAUCGGCCUAUGUCAAUGAUGAUAAAUUCUCAACCAAACAUGCAGAUUCCUCAUCCGAAUAAUCCCGAUACUUUCUCCCCAACUUAUGAUCCCUCAUUUUCGAGCCCUGAGAACUCUAUGCCCGGAGUCUCACUGGGGAUGAUGGCCCCGCAAACGCAUGGUGCAGACAUUGACAAUAUCUGGAGAGGUUUUGAAAUGACCUCGAAUGAGCAAUUACCGGUCUGGUUGUCAGACCAGAGUCUGGGUGGCAACUCUUUCUCCCAGCAAGGCAUGGAUGCAUUCUUACUGCCCAACGAUUAUCUGCCCCCCGCACCUCAAAUCUGGUGAAAUAUCUGCCGCCUCAACUUCCACCUACUCGGUCAGCUAUAGCGACAAAUUUUCUUUUCUUUUCUUUUCUUGUAUAUGUGUGGAAUAUAGUCCUAUAUCAAUAUGCCUCUUUGUUACUGCGUAUCGUUAGUCUGCAAGCAGAUUGCUGUGUCCAGUGUCCCUGAGAUGUUACUGCGUAUCUCUAUGUAUUAUUGUCUGCAAAUGCGAAUGUUGUUAGAGCACAUUAGUACUCAAUUCUUCAUGUGCAAGAUUCUGGCUUACGAGU